AUGAGUUGUGGCGAUAGCCCCGAGUGGUAUAUUUUGGAAUUUGUCACCUCUCUACUCGAGCGCCCGGCGCUUCGGCGCUUCGGACUUGCUUCGAAGAUCAUUUCUGGGGAUGACUCCCAUCAGGUUAAUUUGGUACAAACGACCAUCGCGAGAAUGUCCGCGCAGGUGGAUCCUUCCAGAUUAGCACGAGUAGUCGGGCGACUCCAAAACUUGCCUGCUAUUGCUUUGCCUACAGAUUAUCCAAGGCCGCCCACUAACCGACUUGUCGAAGCGGUACAAACCUAUCAACUCACAGACGACACAUCUCUCGGCCUCUUGAAGCUCGCCAUAUAUGAAGAUGACCCAGAGGUCUCACAGAACGGAGAUUCUGACUCUGAUUCCCAGGAGCGCCCUACUCCUUUCCAGCUACUGCUUUCUGCCUUUUUAGUCUUAUUACAUCGCUAUACUGGCGACACUGACAUCAUCAUUGGCUCGUCGUCCGCAACUGCACCAGAUCCUCUCUUCCUUCGAGCUACCAUCGAACCUACAGAUCCUUUCUGGGCGAUCGUACGGCGAAUUCAAGCAGUCGAAAAAGUUGCCGAGGCAGAUAUCGUACCUUUUGACGUUUUAGUCCAAGAAUUACUAAAAGGCCGAGAUUCGGAUAGCUCGCCCAAUGCUCCUAUUUUCCGAGUACGAUUUUUUGACGAGACCGAUGCUCCGCAGGGCGCUUUCUUACGCUCUACCGAUUUGACCUCCGACCUUACCGUUUUUGUCACACGGCCGCCGAUCUCGUCGCGUGCUCCCCUUGUUCCUCAGCUUGGUUUGCGAAUCUCGUACAACUCGCUUUUGUUUGCAUCAGCAAGAAUAAAUUCACUAUUUGACCAACUCUCCGCGCUUUUGAAAGCAGUGUCUGCGGACCCACUCCGUCCUAUUGGCUCCGUCCCACUUGUCACACCGUCUCAGCGACGCUCUUUGCCUGAUCCAACGGCAGACCUUAAUUGGUGCGACUGGAAAGGCGCUAUCACGGACGUGUUUUCCUCCAACGCUCGCAAACACCCCGAUCGUACCUGCGUCGUUCAAAGCAUACCUUCCCCCGAGUUCGGAAAACCUCAACAGACCCAAGUGUAUACUUAUGCGGAUAUACUACGAGCUAGCAAUAUUCUGGCACACCAUUUGAUCAAGGGCGGGGUGCAAAGAGAAGAAGUAGUAAUGGUAUAUGCGUAUCGUAGCGUUGAGAUGGUAGUGGCCGUCAUGGCCAUUCUCAAGGCGGGUGCCACUUUCUCGGUAAUUGAUCCUGCAUACCCUCCUACUCGACAAACCGUCUAUCUCAAGGUUGCACGACCUCGUGGACUCAUUGUAUUGAAAGGAGCAGGGGCGAUUCAUUCGACCGUUAGGGACUUUAUUACGGACGAACUCGCCAUUCGAGUAGAGGUACCAGCCUUGGAGUUUUUACAGCAAGAUGGCAAGCCGGAAAUUGCAGGGGGUGACGCUCAUGAGGCAGAGCCCACCGAUGUUUUGGGGUCGUCUAAACACCUGGCAGAUACUGAUCCUAACGUCGUUCUGGGUCCCGAUAGCGUUGGUACCUUGAGUUUCACCAGCGGUAGCACUGGUAUUCCCAAGGGCGUGAAAGGAAGACAUUACAGUCUGACUCAUUUCUUCCCCUGGAUGGGUGAAAGAUUUGGGCUUUCCGAAGAGAGCGUAUUCACCAUGCUAAGUGGUAUUGCACACGACCCGAUUCAACGCGAUAUGUUUACGCCUCUCUUCUUUGGGGCCCAGCUUCAUGUUCCGACCGCCGACGACAUUGGUACCCCAGGUCGCCUCGCCGAGUGGAUGGCCGAUAGUAAUGUAACAGUAACACAUCUCACACCUGCCAUGGGCCAGCUUCUCUCUGCACAAGCAACCCGCCAAAUUCCGUCACUCAAGAACGCAUUCUUCGUCGGGGACAUCCUCACUAAACGUGACUGCCUCAGGCUCCAAUCCCUCGCAGCUAAUGUACGAAUCAUCAACAUGUACGGGACCACAGAAACACAGCGUGCAGUUUCCUAUUUUGCGAUUCCAAGCGUCAACGAUGAUAGUGCUUUUCUCGCGAGCCAGAAGGAUAUUAUGCCGGCAGGAGAGGGCAUGAUCGAUGUCCAAUUGCUCGUUGUCAACCGGAACGACCGAAACAUCCCUUGUGCUGUUGGCGAAAUUGGCGAAAUCUACGUCCGUUCAGGAGGGCUAGCAGAAGGAUACCUUGACCCUGCAGCGACGGCAGAAAAGUUUGUCGAUAAUUGGUUUGGAGUCGGACAGCCACCCCGGGAGGAUACGAUCAAGCAGCCCCGCAACGGAAAGGCCACGGGCCCCGAAGCUAGGUUCUGGAAAGGGAUUCGGGAUAGAAUGUACCGAACGGGGGACCUUGGACGGUACGAUGCCGAUGGGCGCGUUGAAUGUACGGGCCGAGCAGACGACCAAGUCAAGAUUAGAGGAUUCCGAAUUGAGCUCGGCGAGAUUGAUACUCACUUGAGCCAACACCCCUAUGUCCGGGAGAACGUUACAUUAGUACGACGAGACAAAAACGAAGAAAAGGUGCUGGUCAGCUACUUUGUGCCCGCUACUGGACAAGGCGUGGACGAUUUCAUGAGCUCUGCUGGGGAAGAGGAGGAUAGCGCUGGGAAGGGUUUGUCUCGUGGAUUCAAGGUCUACAACCGACUCAUCAAGAAUAUCCGAGAACAUCUGAAGAAGAAAUUGCCAAGUUACAGCAUCCCCUCUUUGUUCGUUCCCCUCAACAAAAUGCCACUAAAUCCCAAUGGAAAAAUCGACAAGCCUGCUCUGCCUUUCCCUGAUACCGUCGAGGCUGCAGCUACUCGAAGUACAGGCAAAAACAAGUUAUCUCCUACCGAAGCGAAGCUACAAUCCAUUUGGAAAAGCCUCCUCCCAAGCGCACCUAGUUCUAUUCCUCUCGAAGAAAAUUUCUUUGAUAUUGGCGGACACUCUAUCCUAGCCACUCGUCUAGUCUUCGAAAUCCGCAAACAGUUUGUUGUACCGGCUCCUCUCGGCCUGGUGUUCGACAAACCUACCAUUCGCGGACUAGCUACCGAGAUUGACUUGCUACGCGGCGAAGACUUUGGUCUAGCUAAGGAUAAGAUACAGGUGGCCAAAGAAGCCCCAAUUACCGAGGAGCCGGCGGCGGUAAAUUAUGCAGCCGAUUUAGACAUCUUGGUUCCAACACUUAAGGACAAAUAUGCUCCUCUUCCAGAUACCUUCUCGUCGGGUGCUGUCACCGUAUUCCUUACGGGUGGAACUGGAUUUUUAGGGUCAUUCAUUCUCAGAGACCUACUAUCGCGUACCGAUCGCGUCAAAAAGGUCAUUUGCCAUGUGCGCGCCAAUAAUGCGGUAGCCGCUGCGGAUAGGCUCAAGCAAAGCAUGACUGACAGAGAUAUUUGGAACGAGGAUUGGGUCACCCAGGGUCGAUUAGAAGCCGUUUCCGGCGACCUCGAGUCAGAAAAACUUGGUUUAGAUGAGACGUCUUGGAAUAAAGUAGCUCAGGAGGCUGAUGCUGUCGUACACAACGGUGCAAUGGUGCAUUGGGUAUACCCGUAUCCUAAACUUCGUGCAGCCAAUGUCUCAUCUACUCUCUCCGUUAUUGAACUUGCGUCUACGGGCAAGGCGAAGAUGGUGUCGUUUGUCUCCUCGACAUCCGCUCUUGACACCGAGCACUAUGUCCGGCUGUCUGACUCGACAAUCGCUGCGGGGGGGCUGGGUGUACUCGAGUCAGAUGAUCUCGAAGGUGCCCGAACCGGACUACAGACUGGUUAUGGACAGACCAAAUGGGUAUCUGAAAAGGUAUUGAUGGAGGCCGCACGAAGAGGCCUUUCUUGCCGUAUCGUACGGCCUGGUUACGUUGUAGGUGAUUCCAAGUUUGCUAUCACAAAUACCGAUGACUUUAUCUGGCGCCUGGUCAAGGGUUGUAUCCAACUCGGCCUCGUACCGGACAUGAACAAUACUGUCAAUAUGGUUCCGGUUGACCACGUCGCAACAUGUGCAGCACUUUCCGCCCUAUUUCCUCCAUCCACCUCAUCCGAUGCUCCGAGCCUUGGUGUAAUUGCCGCCCCCGUACUCCAUAUCACAUCUCGCCCGACCGUUCGUUAUAACGCCCUAUUCAAUACGCUGCCUAAGUACGGAUAUGCAGUCAACCAAGUGGACUAUCCCGUUUGGCGAACCCGUCUUGAACAACACGUCGUCGAAACUCAAGACAACGCCUUGUAUCCUCUUCUGCACUUUGUUCUUGACGACUUACCCACGAGCACUAAGAGUGCGGAGCUCGAUGAUUCGAACACGACAAGCCUAUUGCGUGCGGCUGGUGCAGUUGAGAAUAUGACUGUGGACGAAAGUUUGAUGGGGAUGUAUCUGUCAUGGCUUGUACGAGUUGGUUUCUUAUCUGCCCCUGAAUCAGGAAAAGGAAUUCCGUUACCGGAGCUUAGUGGGGCUGGUAUAGCAAUUGGAAGAAGCACUGGGCACUAG